AUGAACUACGCGAGCUUCGCUAUGUUCACUUCCCGCUUUGGCGUGUCGGGUGUGCGCUACCAGCGCCUGGCCAGCAUUGCCAAGAUGGGCUUUUCCAUCAAGGCCUUUGUUGCCAUGGCAUCCGACUCGGUGGUUGUAUUCGGCACGAAGCGCCGGUACUGUGCGGUGGUCUGCGUCGUUGGCGCCGCUCUUACUGUAGGGUAUGGCUCUCUGCCGAAGGAGGAGUCAAGCGCUAACAUUACGGCCGGCUUCGUCUUUCUCACGAGCUUCUGCAUCGCUAGUGUGGACAGUCUCUCCGAGGGCCACUACAGGCGCUACAUGCGCCGUCACCCCGGGCCGGGUCCCUCCCUCGUUAUCUGGAUCUGGUGGUUCAUUCUGUCGGCAACUAUUGUCGCCGCCGUUAUUCAGGGGCCGCUAUCGGACACGAAGCUGCCACAGGUUGACCUGUUCGUUGCCGGUGUCGCUCAGCUCCUCAGCACUGUCUUCUUUGUGUUGAACUGGUAUGGUGAGGGAACGAACAACGAGGAGCAGCUGACGGAUGCUCUGAUAGCGAAGAGGGAUCUGAACCACGCGCUGCGGGAGCACUAGCUUGCGUCGUCGUCCCGGGUCACGUGCAACAGCAAGCAAGAGGAGGGCACGAGGAACUCCGACCUCAAGAAGCCCACGUCAGAGGAGGCGGCUGUCUGUUACAACACUGAGGGGGAGCUGAACGACAGCUUAGCGCUUGACACGCUGCAUGAUAGCAAGGAAAUGACCUAGGAUGAGGUCCCCGAGCUGAACAUUUUGAACUGCUGCGGCGGCAUCAUGGAGAUCAACGAGGACGUCUGCCUGCGCAACUGACGCAUCCUUGUGUGCAGCUCACGGAUAACAUGUUUGGUGAUCAUCAUGGCGCGAGUUACCAUCUUGGGCACGCGCUGACAGCUACUGUACGCCUGCAUUGCGGUGGUGGUGGCGUGUGGGACUUGCGCCUUGUGGGCUCUACCGUUCCUCAUUCGCAAAGGGGAGCAUCUACUUCUUCAGCUACGCCUUCCUGUACCUGCAGCUGCCCCCGCGCGCUGGACAGCUUCUACGUGGCGUCGAAGGAGUGCUGCCCUGAGGGUCCGCAUUUCACCUAUACUUUCUACAACACAAUCAGUGCCGUGAUUGGUAACUUGGCUGGUAUUGCGGCCGUCGCUGCGUUCCCGUGCCUUUUCUCGAAGCACAGCCUCCCGCUUCACGCUCAUGUUUACGUACGUCAUCCAGGUGCUCGCCUCCGUCUUCGACAUCAUCCUCGCGCAGCGCUGGAACCUGCACAUUGGCACCCCAGAGCACGCUAUGUACCUCUUAGGCGAUGCCAUCGUGUACGAGGUGAGUUACUACCUCGCCUGGAUGCCAACAGUGGUGUUGCUGUCUCGCAUCUGCCCCCGCGGCACCGAGAGCAUGGUGUACGCGCUGGUUGCCGACUUCGGCAACCUUGGCGCCUCCCUGUCGAACACGGUGGGCUCCCUACUGAUAGAGUUCAAGUGGCCCACCACGACGAAGGGCACGGGUGGCUUCUCGAAUGUGCCGAUGCUGCUCUUGGUGGGCCACAUCCUCUUGCCGAUGCUAAUUGUGCCGCUGAGCUUUGUGCUGGUGCCGGCCGCGCGUAUCUGCGACGACAUUGACGUCAACGGCAACACCAUCAUGAGGAAGGGUGGGUCACUGCACCAAACGCAGCACUGCGAAGCCGGGGAGCCAAUCAGCAAGUUGCACCAAUAA